AUGGGAUCGAAAUACAAGGACAAGGACGGCGGCGUCGUCCUCAGCUUCGGCGGCCAGUGGGUGAGCUGGGCGCACACAGCAGUCGCCUACACCGCCUUUCUCAGCGCGCUCAUCGUUGGCGUCGCGCUGCACUACCACAAGAUUGUCCAGAAUGAGUUCUACGGCUAUCCCGACGAAUGGUUCCCGUCCGUCUCCGCGACGAUUGGCGAUCGAUAUCCCGAGCGAUCCUUUUUCAUGAUCUUCAUCGCCAUCACCUCUGGGCCUCGCUUUGCCCUCGUCGGCCUCUUUUACCUCCUCACGCGGAAACCGGGAACGAAGCUCCCCGGCUUCGUCGCGUCCAUGGGUAUCCUGCGCACCCUGACGUGCGGUGGCUGGACCUAUAUCACGUCGACCGAUGACCACGACUGGCACGACAUUCUCAUGAUUUCUUACAUUGUGGCCACCCUCCCUUGGACCACCGGGUGCAUUGCUCUGAGCCCGGCGAACCCAACCGCCAUCAAGUACCGCAAGUAUCUUGCUGGCGCCUUCUUUGGAACACUCGUUCCCUUGAUUUACUUUUUCAUUCGGCACAAGGUCCACCGCGUUGCCGGCGCCUACACAACCUAUGCCUUUUUUGAGUGGGCGUUGAUCAUCCUCGAUGUUGGGUUUGAUGCCGUCACGGCUCUAGACUUUUCAACGUUUGAAGUUCUGGUCAGAGAUGUCAAGGGGACCAGCAAGGGUGAAAACUCUUCCUCGGUCCCGUCUGCCGUCCUGGAGAAGGAAAAGGACAAGGCCACUGGCGGCGUCUUCUCUCUGCGCUUCACGUGGACGGAGGCCUUAGACACUGCCGCAGAUGUCUAUCACGGUUUCGUCUUUUGGUCCAUGUUGACCAGCCUGGGACUGCUCGUAUGGUUCUUCCCCCUCUGGCACAUGGGCAUUUCCGGUUACGAAGCCUUCGUCCUGGUUUCGAUUUCGCCGGUGUUGCUAGUUGGGCCCCUUCGAUCCGUCAUUGUCAGCAACCUCCGUAUCAUCCACGUCCUGUCGCUGGCUGGCGUUGCGGCGUAUCUGGUGAUUGACCCAGUCUACCGCCUCUUCACUGUUGGCUUCGGCGUGGCCCUUGCCACGUUGGGCUGGGUUGGUACUUUGUAUGCCGAGUCCAUCCACGAGACCCGUUUCGAGUCGAAGCUUCUGGGUCUGAUGGUGGGCUUGAUCCUUUCGUCGACCGCCAAGUUCGCGUGGCAGACCAACAACCCCAUCUGGCCCAUCAUGCAUGCUGCCAAUGGCGGUUGGAACGCGACAGGCCUCGUUCUCGGCAUCCUCGCCGCGCUGCGCUUUACCCGCAGGGCGCCGCUCACCAGUGGUUCCGCACCUGACAGCAAGCUCGGAGGGUCCGCUCUUCUUGCUGCUUUUGGCGUCGGCGGAUUGUUCUUCGGCCUCCACUCGCUCCUGUCAGACACCAGCACGAUGAUUCUCUGGGUGUGGGAGGGAUUCCCCAUCCGUGGGCCGUACUUUUCUACCCACGGUUGGUGCACCCUGGCCGCCAUGUCGCUGGGUCUUUUCGCCGGCAUCUCGAAGCCCUCGCUGGCCGGCAGCUGGCCGCAGUACGCCAUUGGUACCGCCGGUGCCAUGGUGCUCACGUUCUUCAGCCACUGGACCGGGUAUUAUGGCGGCCUUGUCAUCGCUUUCUACCUGAUGGCCGUGGCCGUGCCCUUGAUCUCCACCGCGUCCAAGAAGAGUCCCGCGACAACCUUUGGCCUCGGGUUUGGCAUCUACAUCUUCUUGGUCCUGUUCCACGUGUGGGUCGUUGCGUACGCGUUCGUCCCCGGUGGUCCUCUUGUGCGCGAGCACACGGACUGGAUCAUGUACAUCACGAUGGGCCUGAUUGGCGCCGGUGUCUUCAACUACAACGCGUCCCAGCCGAAACGCCAGCAGCCCCGGCGGUCGUCUCCGUCGCAGCACAAGAAGUACUUUGCGGUCUCUACGCUGGUCGUCAACAUUCUCUUCCUGUGUGCUGCGUUCAAGCGCUUCCCCACAAACGACUACAAGCCGUACCAUGCCGAGGAUCGUGUGCUGACGGCCGGCAUCUGGACCAUUCACUUCUCGCUGGACAACGACAUGUGGUCGUCUGAGUACCGAAUGCGAGAUUUGAUCAAGGAGUUGGAGCUUGACGUCGUGGGCCUCCUCGAGUCGGACCUGCAGCGCAUCAUCAUGGGCAACCGCGACACGACCCAGUUCCUUGCAGAGGACCUCGGCAUGUACGUCGACUACGGGCCCGGCCCCAACAAGCACACGUGGGGUGCCGCCCUCCUCUCCAAGUUCCCCAUCGUCGAGUCCAAGCACCAUUUCCUGCCCAGCCCCGUCGGCGAGCUGGCCCCGGCCAUCCACGCAACGCUCGACGUCUACGGCGAGCUGAUCGACGUCUUCGUCUUCCACUCCGGCCAGGAGGAGGACCCCGAGGACCGGCGCCUGCAGUCAGAGUACCUGGCCAAGCUUAUGGGCUCGACGCCCCGCCCGGCCUUCCUCCUCAGCUACCUCGUGACCAAGCCGCUCGAGGGCAACUACAACACGUACGUGAGCAAGACGUCGGGCAUGCACGACAUCGACUACACGGACUGGGACCGCUGGUGCGAGUACAUCCUGUACAAGGGCCUCAAGCGCGUAGGCUACGCGCGCGUCAGCCGCAGCACCAUCACCGACACGGAGCUCCAGGUCGGCAAGUUUGUCAUCCCGCGCUCCAGCGCCGAGGCCGCCCAGCUCGAGGCCCGGCCCGCCGAGGAGCGCGACCGCCGCGUCCAGGAGCACGAGGUGCCCGCCGGGUGGAGGUUCCCCGCCAUGUUCAGGGGCAACGGCGUGAGGGACCACCGGUACCACGUCUUUGACGAGCCGCGAUACUUUAACUAG